CAUAUACUCCUUGGGGACCCUUCUUUCAUGAAUCAACAUCAGGCGGCUUUUCGGUGAUUCUGCUUUGCUCUAUUAGAACUCAGUUCACAGCGAGGCACACGUGCCAAAGUGGAAACUACAUUUCCCAGGAGGCAGCGCAGCGCGCCAACGUGCGCAUGCGUAGAAGGGUCUGCCGCACUGGCCCACGCUUACAAAAAGGGAAAAAGCUUGUGUGGUUCUCGAGGGCCGCCAGUCUAUGAACGGAAGUGUGUUGCGGCCCGCGGACUAAGGAAGUGUUCGAGGACUCGCCUGUUCCCGCCGUUGCAACUCCCAGUGACAGUGUUUCUUUCGCCUGGAACUCUCUGGCGGGCCACACCGUACCAUGGCCCUCGUGUCUGCUGACUCUCGCAUCGCAGAACUUCUCUCGGAGCUCCAUCAGCUAAUCAAGCAAACCCAGGAGGAGCGCUCGCGGAGCGAACACAACUUGGUGAACAUCCAGAAGACCCAUGAGCGCAUGCAGACCGAGAACAAGAUUUCUCCGUAUUUCCGAACAAAGCUGCGCGGCCUCUACACAACUGCCAAGGCUGAUGCGGAGGCCGAGUGCAACAUCCUCCGGAAGGCCCUGGACAAGAUCGCUGAAAUCAAGUCUCUCUUGGAAGAGAGGAGGAUUGCGGCCAAGAUUGCAGGUCUUUACAAUGACUCGGAGCCCCCACGGAAGACCAUGAGGAGAGGGGUGCUGAUGACCCUGCUGCAGCAGUCAGCCAUGACCCUGCCUCUGUGGAUCGGGAAGCCUGGUGACAAGCCCCCACCUCUGUGCGGGGCCAUCCCAGCGUCGGGAGACUAUGUGGCCAAGCCUGGAGACAAGGUUGCUGCACGGGUGAAGGCAAUGGACGGGGAUGAGCAGUGGAUCCUGGCUGAGGUGGUCAGCUACAGCCAUGCCACCAACAAGUAUGAAGUAGAUGACAUUGAUGAAGAAGGCAAAGAGAGACACACACUCAGCCGCCGGCGGAUCAUCCCACUGCCGCAGUGGAAGGCCAACCCUGAGACAGACCCAGAGGCCUUGUUCCAGAAGGAGCAGCUAGUGCUGGCUCUGUACCCACAGACCACCUGCUUCUACCGGGCACUGAUCCACACCCCCCCACAGCGGCCCCAGGAUGACUACUCUGUCCUGUUUGAAGACACGUCCUACGCAGAUGGCUACUCCCCACCUCUCAACGUGGCGCAGAGGUAUGUUGUGGCAUGUAAGGAGCCUAAGAAAAAGUGAAGAAGGCUGGCAGACACGGCCGGCUGCUGCCUGCAGACCUCCAACGACCAAAAGGGAUUUUCUUUGAGCAAAUAAAUACUUAUCCCCACCCAUGACUCCUGGGCCUCACGCCCUCAUCAAAACAAGGCAGCUGGUGU